GUGCACGGGUAGGGUAAGGAACAUAGGUAAGCAGCCGAGUAAUUUCGAAGCAGGGCUAGAAGGGUGGCACACUAAAAACCGUAUUGUUCAAUGAGGAACGUUGUCGAAAAACCGGUAGGGGUGAGCCAGGGGGGCGGGAGUGGGCGAAACAGUAAAGAUGAGAUGAGGUGCGUGAACCCUUAAUUGAAAAGGGUUGCGGGGAAGUCGAAAAGAAGACACGAAGAGAAAACGAACGACUGGCUUAUGCCAAGGAGAAACAAAGUGCGUAGUGCAAGUCAUAGAGCUGUAGAAUAAGUAAAUCCCGAAGCAAAAAAACGUGGUUUGGACGGCUGUAUGAACUCCCGAGAUAGUAUAGGCCUUUUCAUGUAUUCGUGCUUGUAGUCCAGAAGAACAGUGGAUGAUUUUUAAUCCCGACAAGGAGCCAGCGAACUGAAUCGAUUCUUGUCUUAUCACCGAAACUCAUUUUCAUGAUAAUAAGUUUGAUCGCCUGUAGUCAAUUGUAGCGAGUAUAAAUAGUAUGGCGUUGGACCCAGACGGCGUAGUUCAAGACACAGCACACAGGUCUCGUUGUGUGUCACCUUAUCGGAAUAUCCCCUUCAUUGCUUAGAGAUGAGAACACAUGUCGCAGCUGACUCCAUACCAGGACUGUACAGUCCUGUGUUAGAUGCGCACUUGUUCGCCAUUGAUGCGAACACACAGCUUCGAAAGAAAGACAGUCUACUGGAAUGCUUGCAAUACAUUGUGAACACCACCAUAGAAGAGGGAAAAACGUAUCCGUUUUCGGAACCAUUUGGGUUAGAUGAGUGCAGGGAGUACUUCUUCAAGCAUUGCACGGUUAUCUGUGUCAAGGUUCCAGCAAUUGUGCGCAAACAAUCCACACUUGGUGUAGAUGCAUUAAAAGACUUGGAUAUCGAUUGGAAAGAAGCAUUACUGGGUGUGUUCUACGUCAAACCGAAUUAUGCAGGUCGCUGCUCGCAUAUUUGCAAUGGCGGAUUUUUCGUUCAUCCAGCCAAAAGAGGACAAGGCAUUGGUAGAGAGUUGGCGAAAGCGUACCUUUAUUUUGCACCGCGUUUAGGCUACAAGUCAAGCGUAUUUAAUCUUGUGUUCGCAACAAAUACAGCAAGCGUCCGACUAUGGGAAAGGCUUAAUUUCACUCGAGUCGGUGUCAUCAAAGAUGCUGCGUUCAUAAAAGGUCGUAAAGAGCCUGUUGACGCAUUUGUUUAUCAGUAUACUUUCCCUCCGUUGGAGAAGAAUACUGUUUAAGACAAGCACGAACUGUCAUUACCAAGCAUCAAAAUUUCCAAAACCCGUACGGGCCUUCUUUUUCUUCGGCAAUGAGGGCUCAACGAAAGAUGGUUUUUUUUCCUCCGCUGCUUUUAUAUACUUACCGACAGGAACCGAUGAGCUUGAGCCGGAACUUGAUUCGCCCGUAAUUCCUAAACGUUUUCCUGUCCAUGUAACGCGAUCGUUUUCUUCAUCAUGUAACGAGGAUUCGUGUUUUUCUUUCUCCUUCACCUUCUGUUGUUCCUCUUCACGCCAAAGCUCGAAGGGGUCAACGUAAAUGACUAUAUUUUCAAUCUGGAUAGUUGUUUUUGGUCGAUCAGUUUCAGUAGUGGGAACUCGCUCCAGGGCAUCGAGAACGGACAUGCCACCCACGACGCGACCGAAGAUGGCAUGUUUUCUGUCCAGAUGUUUCGCUGCGUCGUAACAGAUGAAGCUGGGAUUUUUGUUAGUACAUUGUUUUCAACUCUCGUAAGCAGACAUAUUACAUACAAUUGGCUUCCAUUUGUAUUUUUACCGCUGUUAGCCAUAGAGACAACACCCCGGCUAUCGUGUGUCAGCGGAUUAGUAACUUCAUCUCGAAAAGGCUUGCCCCAAAUGCUUUGACCUCCACGACCGGUAGCAGUGGGAUCGCCUCCCUGAAUCAUGAAGCCGGGAAUAUUCCGAUGAAACUUCGUACCAUCGUAAUACCCUUUUUUGGCGAGUUCCACGAAAUUAUACACUGCCCGAGGAGCAUACUCCGUGUGCAAUUCUAAAUUUAUCUCACCAAAGUUCGUCACUAACCGUGCAUAACCCUUGUGCCAAAUACGCUUGGGUACGAGCAUGUAAUCUUCCUCGCUGAUGAUAGCAUGUUCAUUGCGGGUAACGGGGGAAAACGAAGUUGAAGUGAGUGCAGAAGCCGCCAAACCUUUGGUGUGAAUGGCUUUGUGUGUAGGCAGUAAGCUGCUUGUAUUUUCUGUUUUACCGCUCGACUGGCUGGACGCAGUUGCGUUUUCACCAAGAGCUCGUCGCUCACGAGAACGUUGAACGGCCUCUUUGGCUUGCUUUAUCCGUUCCUCCUUGGACACAUCUUUCGUGGAAGACUGUUGGUUCGGCAGACGACCGAGCUCUUGAACGGUAAUAAUGUCCGAGCGUUGAAAUGGUGUGUCUGUAACCAAGUCCUUCCAAUUUUUAGGUUUUAUGUUAAGAUUCUCUAUGGUGUCAUACGCAAAACAGUUUCCAGUCGGCUUUAUGGCGACAAUGUGUGUGUACUGGUUAAAUACCUUCAUCGUAACGGGGUCACAGUAUUCGCCAGUAGCAUUUUUUGUGAAAUUCAGUUUCAUGAGUUGACCGACUGUUAGCGGUUCCUUUGUAACUGGAUUAGUCCCAUGCUUUUUGAUCCAAGGAACAAUAUGUCUAAUUCAUAUAAUAUGUUAGGAACUUGACCUUUCGUGCCAUUAAUUUAUACAUACCGAAAAUCGAAUAAAGUAG